UUAGUGUUAGACAAGGAUAGAUCAAUUCAAUAUGGUGGAACAUUUUUAAGACCGUCACUGUUUUUUGUUUCAUUUUAAACAGUGACUUUGCAUUGAUAAAAAUUUUGAUAAGGAAGUGUGAUACCAAUGAUUACAAAAAACAUAAUAGCUGCAUAAUUUUGUGGAAACUAUGUCAACUGUCGUGUGUUCUAAUGAUAAUUGAAACUUUUACUUGAAAUGGAUUGUCACUACUGCAACGAUUAUACAUUUUGCGAAAAUCGUAUACAAAGUGUGUUUUCAAAAUGUAUUUACAGUAAAAGUAGUGUAUUAUAUUAUUGAUAAUCAUUACGGAAUAUUGUAUUAUUAUCAUUCUUUAAUCUAACCAAGUGUAUAUUAUAAAGCUGUGACAAAUUUAACUGUACAAUUGUACUAUAAAAUUAUUAUGUACUUUGAAGUGGAAUCAAUUCAAAAAUAUCCAACCAUGAAUAAGUCAGUGGAAGAUUUGCUAAUAUCUAGCCGUGACGUUAUGAACAAUGUAAGUUCCACUGGACUGGAAAAUCAAAAUUCAACAACAAAUGUGGGAAAUAAUGUAUCAGAUAAUGUUCAAGAAGCAGUUACUGGAGGAACUGUAGAGCGAGGUAGUCCUGUUUCAAGUCCAAAUUUGUCUCCACGUCUUAGUCCAAAAGUACGUUCUAAGCGGGAUCAUUCAAAAACAAUUCAUGAUCCAACUUCCAAAGAACAUAAUAAUGCCAAUAAAGUGGAUGAAAUACAUCAGCAGGAUGUAGCAAAUAAAUCAUCAGAUUCUUCUCAAGCUGUAAAAAGUUCACACGAAGGAAAAAAGGAAACGCGUGGAAGUGAACGAAGUAAAAAGAAAUCAUCUUGGUAUAACGUUCUAUAUCCAACCUAUAAGUCUAGAUCAGAAGACUUUAAACGAAUUUUUAAGGAUGUACCAGAUGAUGAAAGAUUAGUCGUUGACUAUUCGUGUGCACUGCAACGUGAAAUAUUAGUUCAUGGUAGGCUUUAUGUUUCUCAAAAUUACGUAUGCUUUUAUGCAAAUAUCUUCAGUUGGGAAACUUUAGUAUGUCUACGCUGGAAGGAUGUUACAUCUAUUACCAAAGAGAAAACUGCACUUGUUAUUCCUAAUGCAAUUUUAAUAUGCACUGCCACUGAUAAGUUUUUUUUGACAUCAUUUGGAGCAAGAGAUAAAACAUAUGUAAUGUUAUUUCGUGUCUGGCAAAAUGCUCUUAUUGGUGAGUCAAUGAAUGCAGCUGAAAUGUGGCAACUUGUACAUUCUUGUUAUGGAGAUGAAUUGGGUUUAACAUCUGAUGAUGAAGACUAUGUCCCCCCAUUACCCCCAGUUGAUGAUGAAAAACUGUCUACAAGGUUAUCUGUUGAAUCAUUUUCAGAGGUAGAAAAUAAUAAUAUGGAACAUCCAAUAACUGGGACAAUGGAUGCAAUUAUUGAAUCCAAACCAGAAGUUCAUCAUCUUCCUCGAUCAAAUCCUAUUAUUGAUGCAACAGAUCUGAGUGAUACAACAGAAAGUGAAGCUGAAAAGCAUGCAUUGAAAUCAAGCGUUCGAGGUAAUAUAGUAUGUACUUCAUUACACGAAGGUCGUCAGAUAAACCAAGCUAUAUUUCCCGUUCAUAUUGAUCAGUUGUUUACUUUGUUGUUUACAAAUUCGAAGUUCUACUUAGAUUUUCAAACUGCUCGCAAAACUACUGAUUUAGUACAGUCAGCAUGGACACAAAAUGUGCAAACAGGUCAGAAAGUCAGAAGUUUAUCAUUUACAAUGGCACUCUCUCAAGCUAUUGGACCAAGGACUUGCCAUAUUUCAGAAACCCAAAUAAUGUUACCAUGUAGCAAGCCAGGUCAUUUAUACAGCAUUGAUGUAGAAAGUGUAAAUGCUGGAAUUCCAUAUGCAGACUCUUUUUCUGUAUUUAUUCAUUACUGCAUGAAUAGCAUUUCUGAAAAUGAAACAAGUAUUUCAAUUUAUGCUCAAAUAAAGUACAAAAAGAGUGUAUGGGGUUUUGUAAAAGGUGUUAUUGAGAAAAAUUGUUGGGCCGGAUUAGAAGAAUAUUUUACAAGUUUAGUAAAAGCAUUAACUAUAGAAUGUGAAGAAAGUAGUGGAAGUGGAGGAGUGAAAAGGAAGGCAAGAAGAAGACGUCGUGCUACUGGUCCUGGUAUUGUUUUACAAACCCAUUCUACAGAUCAUACGUCUCCCAGUUUACAGAGCUCUUUGAAUUUGCCACAUGUUAAUGAUAAUACUGUUUCCGGCGCUCGAGGUGAUUCCAGUAUGAUAAUUAGUUCAAUGCUUUUAAUUGCGGUAUUAUGUUUGAUGGUAAUUAAUGGUCUAUUAUACUAUAAACUAUGGGGUUUAGAAGAAGCUGCAGCCUAUACAAUCAUGGAUUUACAUGUAUUAAAAAAUACUCCAAAGACUGAAGAAGAUUGGAUCCAUUUACUACAACAGCAGGAAAGUUUGCAUAAUGUAGAAAUGAGAAAAUGGCAAAGAGUACUUCAUACUGCUGCACAAUUACUUAGACAAACAGAAGAAUCUUUAACGGAAUUGCAAAUGAGUAUACAUCCUACUGCAACAGAAAAAAUGUUUUCGGUCUUAAAACCAAGUGUAAAAAGCUUCAAUUCGCGUCCAGAACAGCGAAGUCAUUCAGAAAUGUAAAAUAUCCUGAGAAAAAUAACAACAUAAAUUAGAUAAACAAGUACGCUGUGAUGAUUGCUGAUAACUUCAAAUGCGCAACAAUACGCAUGUAAAUUAUUUAUAAUCUACAAGAAAUGUGAUGAUUUAAAUUUA